GCUGCCUAGAACCCUAGAGGCAGAAGCAGUUUCCUAGCAGCGCUCCCCUUCCUGGGGCUGCCGGAUCUCCGACAUACAUGCACACACGUGCACGCGCACACACGUGCACACACAUGCACACACGUGCAGCUGCAUUGCCUCCCGUGCCUGCGGUGAGGGCACAGGGGCGGGUAGGCUGUCAGGCACGUGAAGUUACCGUCAGCCCCGAGGGACAGUGAGCGAGUUGGGACUUGGAGGAGGAAAAAAUGGGGACGGACGUCAGCUCCCCCUGCGGCCGUCUCUGCCUCCCGGAGGCCCCUCCUGCAUUCCUGGGCAGCAAAGCCCCUCGCUAAGACGGGGGCUGAUGUCAUCCUGGGCUGCUCAGCCAGGGGACCCAGGGGCCCUGGUGGCUGCCUCCGGAAAUGAGCUAACUGCCUGCUGGCGACAGGUUUGGAAUCUCCAGCCAGAGGACAGAGAACCUGCAUGGGUCAGGUGAGCAGCUGGGCAGGGGGCAGCAGCCGGCGCAGCCCGUCCCCUGGGACCUUCCCGUGUGUGCUCCGGAGGGGCUGAAGGGAAGUGAGAACAGGGGGUCCACGGCCAGCCCCUCCCCCCCACUGCUCAGGGACUGUCACGCCCUGGAGUGAGCGUAGCCACCCUGUUCCCCAAAGCUCCCGUCUCGACCGAUCCAGCCCGGUGAGCACUCGGAACUGGAGGCUGGACCGCCCAGCGUGUUGACUCCACAGCUCCAGGGGGUGGACUCCCAGCCUGGCACUUCACUGCCUCUUAAUCCUGAGCGACACCCGCAGAUGCGGCCGGCCGCCGGCUCGGCGAUGUUUACUUACCCUUGGUUUGGCUGAGGACGAGGGCUGCCAGAUUUUUUUCUCCGGGCAAGCCCAGAACUUCCAUGAAGGGAGAGGACACUGGCUUUUUAGCUGCUGUCUCCCGCUCUCACCUCCACCUGCCCUCUCCUCCUGGCCGGCCCCAUGGAUUACCUGGGAGACAAACUCACCGUGGCCCAGAACCACAUGACCCAGUGGGUGGGCAGCGUGAGGAGGUCCUUCCAGGAGGCCCUCAACUUGGUGAGCACCACGGUGGGCCACGAGCGGACGAGCGGAGAGCCUGCCACCCGGACCCCCUUCAAGCGCACCUCCUCCUUCCGACACCUCGCUUCCCGGAGUCGGGAAUCUUUCCGCCGCUUCUCUGCCCGCAGCCAGCAGAGGUUUUCUUCACUGAGGAAAAGGCAGACAGAUUCGGAGCCGCCAGAUAUUGACCAACUGAAGCAGUGUUUCUCCCGGCGGACCCCUGAGGCCAAGGACACCGACACUCUUGUGCACGAAGCCGACAGCCAGUAUGGGACGUGGACAGACCAGCGCCACAGCAGGGACAGCUCGGCCCCCGAGUCCCCCGACAGCAGUGCCACAUCGGCACAGAAACAGCCCCCCAGUAGCCGCUUGUCUUCUCUGUCCUCCCAAACGGAGCCCACCUCUGCCGGGGACCAGUACGACUGCUCCAGGGACCAGCGGAGCACCAGCGUGGACCGCUCCAGCACCGACCUGGAGUCCACCGACGGGACGGAGGGGCCACCCCCACCAGACGCCUGCCCCACAAAGGGAGUAGACGACUUUUCCUUCAUUGACCAAACCUCAGUCCUCGACUCAAGUGCCCUCAAGACCCGGGUGCAGCUCAGCAAGAGAAGCCGCCGGCGAGCUCCAAUCUCCCACUCCCUCCGGCGCAGCCGAGUCAGCGAGUCGGAGAGCAGGUCUCCUUUGGAAGAGACUGACAACACAUGGAUGUUCAAAGAUUCAACGGAAGAGAAAUCGCCUAGAAGGGAAGAGUCAGAUGAGGAGGAGAUGCCAUCUAGGGCUGAGAGGACACCUGUCAGCCAUCCUCAGAGGACGCCUGUGUUUCCAGGGGUGGACCCAGCAGUGCUAAAGGCUCAGCUGCACAAGAGGCCAGAGGUGGACAGUCCUGGCGAGGCCCCCAGCUGGGCCCCCCAGCCCAAGGCCCCCAGGUCCCCCUUCCAGCCUGGGGUGCUGGGCAGUCGCGUGCUGCCCUCCAGCGUGGAAAAGGACAAGAGGUCGGACGAGCCCUCUCCACAGUGGCUAAAGGAGUUGAAAUCCAAGAAGAGACAAAGCCUUUAUGAGAAUCAAGUUUGACCAGACAGGGGACUCCGCCACAUCCAAUGAACAGAAGCCUUAACCGUCAGAACCCACAGACGAGGCCGAGCUGCUGCCGCUCCUUCCCGCCCCGCGCUCACGGGCCUGGGCCCUUCCCGUCGGGUGGAGGACGCUGGCCAGUGCCCCCCGCCCUUGGCAAGCUCUCCCCGAACCCGGACGGGAAGCCCCCCGCACCACAGGCACUCGCUCACCUUCCCAGACGGCACUUCCGGCUGAGAAAGAAACCAGGCUGCCCAGAAACGUCUACGCGGGUGGUUUUGCCUUUUAUGUAAAAAUCUGCAUUUCUACCCACUUUACACACCAUCCGCAGCUCCAGGAACAUCAGCGUGAGGCUGGCCUGCCUCCCUUGGUUCUGAAAAACACCUGGAUUGUGAGAGCACCUCUUCGCCCCACCCCCAGGGCAGGUCUUUUUUGGAAGAACGUUUCCAAGGAAGGUCAAACCGUUCAUUUCCCGCUGUAGUCUUGGUCCGAGGCCUUACCACCGGGUCGGGGGUUUUGAUGGCUCUUUCUAGGGAGUUCCUUCUUCCCCUGGAGGAAUCGGCAGUUCCAGUUUUUAAACAGACCCUCCCGAGGCUUUCAAGUGUAUUUACCCUUCCAGCGGGGCCGCGUGCAUAGUUGACCUGUGUCAUUUUAUGUCACCUUUGUCGGGGUUAGAAGGCGAUAAAGCAAUAAUUCAGCCAAUUUUCUUUGAAACUUGAUAUGUAUAUAUGUUUUUACGUUAAAGGACAGGAGGAAAGACGUGUGUAUAGGUUGUUUUGAAGUAUCCAAUCACCUCAGGUUAUCUUAUCCCUAUCCAAGCGUUUUAGACAUUUUAAUUGUCACUCUUGUAUAUAUUUUCCUGGUUUCUUUUCAUUUGAGCUCUGAUUUCUGUGGGGUGACCUUUGUCCCUCGGCCUCAAGGGUUCCUAAACCGCAGCCCAAAUGGCCUUUGCCACUUAACAUCAGAUGAGCCCCCGGGAUCUUCUUCCCUAGUCUUUUCUGAACACGACCGGCCUGCCGGCAUGGAGGAGGCGUUCCCAGUUGGCCUCGGAACAAAUGCACGGAUGAGGGGCACUUUUCGCUGCUUCUCACCUCGUUUUUCCAUGCUGCAGUUCACCUGACCACGUGCUUUUCUUGGUCCAAAUGCAAGUCUUGCCGAGAGCCCCUCUUUGUAGGGAGCCCCCGACGCCAGGGACUCUGGACAGAGGAGCGGGGUGCCUCGUGAUGACCUGUAAGACUUCCCUUGCCUCCUUUUUUCUUGCUAACUGUAAGCUCAUUCCUGGGAAUCUCCAAGACCUCUGGAGGCUCUAGACACUCUUCUCUGUCCUUCUUUUUGGAAAUCCUUGGCACCAGCCUCCUCGUUUCUGAAGCCCCAGACAUGCUUGGCUGGCCACCUGCCGUGCCCGGGUUGCCAUAGUCUUUGUGCCAACCUUGCCUGGGAGACGCCCAUGGUGAGACGCUUGGGCGGUUCGUAGGGCAGCCCGUGAUUGCAGAGGGCCUGGGGCUCAGAUCCCUAAUGGAUCCAUGCACAGCACUAGCUAGAUAUGGAAGUGGGAGGCACAUGUGUCCUCCCCUCCCCACUCCGACUUCCCAAGAGAUAAAAGUCUUUCUUGAUAAAUCCAUUCUGUGCAAAUAAAUGGUGUCAAAACAUGCUUCUCAUCCCCCUGGCCACUGCUCCAAGAGUCUCCAUUCCUCUCUCCAUCUCAUCUUCCUCCUUCAUCUCCUUUUAUGUCUCCUCUUGUCUCCCUUAGAGAAUGGGUGGGUGUGGAUAGCAGUCCUCUGUUUUUCUCCAGGUUGAGACGAACACCUGUGCCUGGUGUGGGGCUGCGGUUAGCACUAGGGACAGCAACCGCACCCCCACCACCCCCCACCUGCUGAUGGGCGGUUCCUGGGCCUGUCCUGCCCCAGCCUUGUGUGUCUGGAAGCCUCGUGCAUCCAGGUUUGGGUGUUUGGCCCUGCUUGAUAAUGGAGCCAGUGAUCGAUCGAUUCUCUUUGGCUAUUUAGGGAUUUAAUUCUUCCAAGAACUGCUUCCAUUAAUUUUUUUUUAAAAAUCCAAUUACUGUUUUGUAACAAUUUUGAUAUAGUGGCUUUCCACAUCCAUGGCACCCCUCCUUUGAAACAUGGUCCUAGUGUUUCAACCCUCACUUCUUUUCUCAGCUGCGGUCUGUCUUUCCUUCGGGUGGGAAGGGCGCUUUGGUACCACCCCAGGCCGUGGGAAAGGACCUACUCUUAAGUGCAGUGGUACUCGCCGUGCAAAACUCUUAGUUCUUAACUAGUCAUAUUUAGUCCAAGAAUACCCGACAGGAGAGAAAAACACUUGAAAUUUCAAAUGAGAUUGAUCUGGAGAUCUCUUGCCUGACCUCCCACACCUCGACUGGAAAUAAAAAUCCAUUGAAUUCCGUGUUGAUCAGAACAUGCAAAGCCACCCCCUUGAAACUGACUAGGGCACGUCCCGAAGGGCUUACGCACCUCUUCACUUUUUGCAGCCUCGUCCCCUCCAGCGCCACAGAGCAGACAAUCCCAGGGGUCAGGAGCGACCCUCCGAACAGGCUUCCCAUGACCUUGAUCAGCGCAGUGAGGCUAGAAGGGACUGGUGUUCUGGAGCCUUUGCAGAGAGCCGGGGCCAUGGGUCAUUUAUUUCUCCUUUUUCUAAGCUGUGUGAGCUCUUUGGGGCUAAGCGAGGGGUCGAACGGUAGUUUCUGGAGUUUGCCUGGAGCCCCCUUUGGAAAUCUGUCUUCUUUUAAACUCACUUAAUAUGCCUUAAUAUCGUCUGUGUGCAAUCAAGUCACCUGCCCCCACCCAGCCCUCCGCAAACGAGUCUUACAGAGUGCAAACCCCUGUGUAUGUGCAAUUGAUCUCUCGCUCCUCUCUCCCCUACCCCUUUGCACAUCAGCAUUUUGACAGCUGGGCUUUUAGUAAGUCUGUAUCUCCCCCUCCUCCCUUCCUCACGGUCCUUUGCCUAAGGAAACAGAGGCUUUUGCCCGUGAAAUUCCACGGCGAGUCCUCAAAGAAUCAGUGCUGGGGAGAAUCACCCAGUGCCACCAGAGAAGCUCUAGCGAAAGGGAAACCUCGUGGUACUUGGGACAUUUGCGGUUUUGAGGGAAGCUGACCUGGCAGCCUCGGGUUUUCCAGGAUUCAGGGAAAGGACAAUCAGACGGCAGUGUUUUCCAGGGGCACGAGCCUAGUCACGUGCUUUCGGACAAACGUGUUUUCCUUCGUGCAUCCCCGGAAGUGAGGCCAACUCCAGGGUAUCCCUAAGGAACGAGAACAAACAUAGGCAUGAGCCUGAGGUCUCAACCCUUAGAGGCUGAGCAAGGAAUGUGGAAAAACCCUCAGUGUGAUUUUCCCAAAGGAGACCUCAGCCGCUCCCGGCUGGUGCUGACGGCUGCCUCGUCGAGCUACACUUUCAAGUUUUUCAUCGUGAUAUACCCCAGUCUACCCCUCUCUCCACCGUGCAGAUGUCUAAGCUGCGGCAAGUCACUGCAGUGGCCGGAGACGUCCUCGCUCCCCUCCGCCACGUGUGGGAAGACGAAAGCCGAGGUCCCCUGGCAUCAUGAGUCUGCGGGGUGGGAGGGCAGGGCUGAGGUGCGGGAGCCACUGGAAGCAGGCAGGACACGCUCCACAUCUGGAAGGGGACAGGCAGGACGCGCUCCACAUCUGGAAUGGGACAGACAGGACGCGCUCCGCAUCUGGAAGGGGACACUCACUCUGUGCGGAGAAGCUGCUGGGAGUCACCCUGUUGGAAUUCCGGCCAGGCCACGGCUCCGGGGACCUAGAGCCACAUACAAUGCCAGGAGGCAUGAGCGUGCCAGGUCUGUGCCAGUCUGUGUCUCCUUUUGCACCAGCCCCCUUCUAGAAGUUUCUCUCUUUUGUCUGGAUCAGCUCCUGGAGGAAGAGGGGGAAGCAGAAAGCGGGGCUUCUCUGCUCCAGAAAGUCGGCCUGACGUUUCUGGCAAGUUAACCCUCGACAUCAAUGCUUCUCAGCCUCUCCCUUUCGCCAUCCCAGAAUUUCCUUAAAUAGCUGCCCUCACACCUGUCCCAUAACCUGUCCUCUUCCAGGCCCUGGACCGGCAGCUCCUUGACAAUCUCCGGCGGCAUUUCGCCGGCUAGAUACGAUGCUGUUGUCUAAAGAAGAAUUUGAGCUUUUUAAUGAUCUCAUUCCAAAUAGCCUUAUAGAUCUUGUAAAUAGGGGCUCACAAAAGUAAUAUAUUGUAUUAUGGAAGAUAUUUUGUACUGUGUGGUUUCCUAAAUCCUAGAAGUCAUGCACUUCUUCCCCGGGUAAUUACCAUCCUCAACAUGCUUUGUGAGAUGGGGCGGGGGAUGGAAAUAUAUAUAAAGAGGGUAUAUAUUUUCCUAACCUUCCUUCCGGGUCCCUCCUCAGAUAGAGUCACGAGAGGAAGAACUCGAGUUCUGUGUGCGUAGCAAAGUUACAGCUUCCUCACCACAGUGUUCUUGCAAUUGCCUUAUGAAUUCACAAGCUCUAGGAGUUCUGAACGGAAGGCAGACGAGAGGCACUUUAUCCAAUCCCAGAAAAAAAAAUCUCUAACCGUGUUCAUCUUGAAAAACUUAUAUUUUUAACGUAAGAGAAAGGGGGGCAGGGCUGUGCUUCCUGGACCUCACAGAGUAUUGGAUGUCUACAAGUGCUUUUAUAUUUUGUAACUGUAAAAAGUUUCAUAUGCACAGAAGAGCAGUCGGAUCGGGUCCACUGCAAUAAAACAAGAUGACCUUUGCAUGUACAAAGAUGUUGCAUUCAGACUACGAAAAUAGCAAAUAAAGCUUUGACGCAAGUUGCACUGGA